UGUAUAACAUGUACAUGUAGGUGCAUCUUGGCAUUUUUUCAAGCUUCAUGCAAUCCAACCAACCUCCAACGAACUUCGUUGUGGAUGUCUCGCUGAACUUCAGAAUCAGAACUUGCGGCAAUCGACGUUGAGAUUGUUGGAUGUUGACAUUACGAGUUAUACAUGCAGAAAACGACUACUAUAGGCUAUUAGCUUGUUUGUUGCUUGUCAACGGAGUAUUCAUAGAGUACAUGUGGUGAUAGCAAGAGUGAUAGCAUGGACUCUUGGUGAUAGUGAAGGUGAGGAGAAAAGAAAUAAGUAGAAACACUACAGGUUCAGGGAACAACUAUGCUUCGACUCCGAAUGGUUGGUCGAGCACUUGCAAACACAUCGAGAACGUGGCAAAGGACAGUCGCAACGAGUUUUAAUGUGAGCGAUGAACCUGCAGAACUCAAAAUAUUUCGACAAUCUCUCCGUAAGUUUGUGGACAACGAAGUAAUGCCAAAUGUGAACGAAUGGGAAGAAGCAGGAGCUUGUCCGAAAUUACUGCAACGUAGAGCAGCAGAAAUAGGAGUACUGGGCAUUGGCAUGCCAGAGCAAUAUGGGGGUGUCGGUGGCUUAGAUGUCAGAUGGCACACUGUUGUGCUGGAGGAGAUGUGUCGUGCUGGUUCAUUGGGCUUGCUGGAAAGUCUCUUGGUACAUUUCAUUGCACUGCCACCACUACUAGCUGCAGCAGACAGAGGAGACGGGCAACUGGAGGUACUACGAAAACGAAUCAUCCCACCGAUCAUGUCCGGUGAAAAGCGGGCAUGUCUGGCAGUGACCGAGCCAUCUGGCGGCUCAGAUGUGGCAAACCUGCGUACAAAAGCUCAUGUUGACGGCGACCAUUACGUCAUCAACGGCGAAAAGACAUUCAUCACGGGUGGUACUCGAGCUGAUUUCUUAACGGUUGCGGUCAGAACGGGUGGCGAGGGCGAGAAUGGUGUGUCGCUGGUAGUCGUAGACGGCGAUACGCCAGGCUUACAACGAACACGCUUACCCACUACGGGAUGGUGGCCUUCUGAUACGUCACAUUUAACAUUCACUGAUUGCCGAGUUCCUCGCAAUAACCUUGUUGGCGAGGAAGGUCAAGGGUUUCCAUUGAUAAUGCACAACUUCAACAUGGAACGGUUUAACUUAGCAGUUGCUGCAGUGUGUCUAGGAGAAGUGUGCCUAGAAGAAGCUGAAUCAUGGGCACGACAACGCUACACGUUUGGUCAACCAUUGCUAAGCCGUUCUGUUAUUCAACACCGCCUGGUCGACAUGCGCACUGCAAUUACCUCUUGCCGUGCCUGGAUGACGCUAGUGGCUGAACAGAUGUCUCAGGGACAUACGGACGUUGCCAGCAUUUGUAUGCUGAAAAACCACAGCAGUGCAACACUACGUGAUGUUGUUGAUGGUGCUGUUCAUGUUCUUGGAGGUGCGUCAUACAUUCGUGGAUGCAAAACAGAGCGUAUCUUCCGCGACAUGAAUGUGCUAGCUAUUGGUGGAGGUUCCAGUGAAAUCAUGAAGGAGUUGGCAUUCCGUCAACUUGAGAGAAGUGGCCAGAUUGCAAAGUAAGGAGAUGUAUACCCUUGUGAUAGGGACACUACCUAAAAAAUAUUCAUAAAAUUUCCAUUUUCUUGCAGUUCAGAGCAUACUGUGAUCAAUAUUUUAAUUCUUUUUUAAAUCUUCUUUACGUGAACGUUCUUGAACUUUAUUUAUUUACUCCUGUCACCGUUGGUACAUACUGAGGCAUUUUUGGAAAGGCUACUGAGAUUGAUAACAUAUCUAGUAUCUACACACCCCAUAAAUAGGCAGUGUGUCGGACCUAAUUUUUAGUAUACCAAUCCCAUGUUUUGAAAAUCCAUUCGUUGAUGACGCAUGCUUGUGUUUUCUCACUCGCUACAAUGGGCAUUACAGUAUCACUGAGAGGUUGAAAUCAUUCUAUUGUAUUGUAGUCUCAGUUACUUGAAGUGACUUCUUCUAAGUGCCGUGCUCUGUGUUCAUUUAGAGUGCAUUGACCAAGCAGGGCCCAUGGGAUUCAUGAUCCAUGAUGAGUCAUUAGACUCAUUACACGCCAUUGCACUGUAGUACUAGAACAGUAGAUAUCUGCUAUAAUUUGUCCUUGUUGAUUUUCACUCAAACAUGAUCUCGGUUCGACAGUUUGUAGUACAGUGUAAGAGGUCUUCGGAUGCAGAAAUCCUCCUUUUACAAGUGCGUACAUGUA